AUGGAGCAUAUUCCAGAUGUUGUAUGGGAUAACGAACAUGGCGGCUUGGAGAAGAAGCACGAGUGGCACCCAUCGAUAGUAGUUGAUGUGACGGUCUCCUCGAGCUUGAUCCGUGACUUCAGUUCCAUUUGGCACAAAGUAGGUGUUCUCAAUGAAGCAGAAAUCAUGCACGUAGCCAUCCCAACUGCCGGAAAACUCUCGAGGUGUCCAACAUUUGAUAGGCUGUCCGAAGUACUGCUUGCAGGAGAUGGCCAAUGUCAUGGCGAUCAAAACAAAUGGAGUAAACCAGGCGUUGACUCGGUCGAUUACUUUGAGCACAUUGUCGAUUCCUCCACAAAUCACUUGAUCCGAAGUGUCGUUGAAUGUGACUGCAGUUUGUUGGUAUUUGUUGAUGUAGGUCUUCACUGGCUCUUUAGUUCUGAGAUCGUGCACACGACAAGUUCCAUCGUCGCUUGCAGAAGCAACAAGAGUGACACCACGGCGAGAUGGAUGAACGGCAUUGACAAAGUCGGUGUGACUCUUGAAGUUUCUGGCACAAGUUCCAGUUUCCAUGUCCCAGAGACGGACGCUCUUGUCAGUGCCGCAGGAGACCAAGUAUCCAGAAUCAGUGCUGAACUUGAUAUCCAUGAUGGCUCCAGCGUGUCCUUUGAUAGUGGAAAAGUUCUCGCAUUCUCCGUAGACGUUCCAGAAGAAAAUCUGAAAGUUUGA